UUUUUAAUUUUCUUUUCCUUUUCCUUUCUGUUUUUGCUUAGUGCUUAAUUCUAAACACAGAGAGUAACAAGUCUAUUUAAGUGUGUCCCUCUUCCUCAGCUCCUAACUGUGGAACUUAGUUACAAAUUAGAACCCAAUUGAGAGGACAUGAGGAGGAGAGAAUUACUCAUAUGCUCCUUUUCCAUUCUGUGCCUCCUGGCUCGGUCUACAUGUGAAAGCGCUUUCACACCUACAACUGGAGAUUCUGGACCUCUCAAGCAGCAUGAUCAACUUAAGGUUAAGGAUAUACAUGAAAUGACUACAAGAUCAAGUAGAAAAAGCCUUGAAAGACCAUAUGGGAGAAUGCAUCAAGUUCAUCAUCUAAGGACUUCCCAGAAAGCAAGGGCAAUCUAUGGUGGUGCCUCUGACCUUAAGCGCCCCCGUACCAACCAUAAUGCAGCAAGCUCUGUACCUGUUAAACCCACCCUCGCUUUUUUCCUCUCGGCACUGGCCAUGCUUAUAUUUUCUUUGUAGUAAUUUUAAUUGCUUGGGUGAUUUCGCAAACACGAUUUAGGACUCAACGUGGAAGUUUUGUGAUAAAACUCAUUCAUGUUAAAGGCCUCUUUUUAAAUCCAUUGCCCUAA